UUUAAACGGGCAUGCGCAAACUGCAUGUGGCGCAGAGGAGAGGUGGGCGGAGUCAUACGCCAGUGAGUCACGUAGCUAACUAGCUUGUAGCGAAGCGAGUAGAUAAUGGAUAUGAGCAGCAGUGAAUGUUUUGGAUGUGGCCGAUCCGGCCACUGGGUCAAGAACUGUCCCAACGCUGGCCGUGGCCGCGGGAGGGGCAGAGGACGAGGAAAGGAUCUCUUCUGCUACCGAUGUGGAGAGCAAGGGCAUAUUGCCAGGGAUUGUGAACAGACUGAGGACGCAUGCUACAACUGCCACAGGAGUGGUCACAUCUCUAGGGACUGUAAGGAGCCCAAGAAGGAGCGGGAGCAGUGCUGCUACAACUGCGGCAAGGCCGGCCAUGUGGCUCGAGACUGCGACCAUGCCAAUGAGCAGAAGUGCUACUCCUGCGGAGGAUUUGGACACAUCCAGAAACUCUGUGACAAAGUGAAAUGCUAUCGGUGUGGUGAGAUAGGCCAUGUGGCAGUGCAGUGCAGCAAGGCCAGUGAGGUGAACUGCUACAACUGUGGCAAGACCGGUCACCUGGCCAGAGAAUGCACGAUUGAAGCUUCGGCAUAACCGGCUUCCUCUGUCACCCCCUCCUUUUUCAGAUUGAUGGUUGGUUGUAUUAUUUUCACGGAAUCCUCUUCAUUGGCCAAAGGUUGGCAGACAGAGGCUUGUCCCAGGCCACUGAGCUUCUUGACAUGUUUAAACUUAAAAAACAAAAAAUAAUGAAGGGGUGGAAAAAUCUUUCUGCAUUCAACACAAAAUGUCUGUUUAGUUUGGUAGAGGUGUUAUGUAUAAUGCUUUGUUAAAAGACCCCUUUUCAUGCCGCUGGUGAGAAGAUCAAUGACUGGGGCACAGUGUGCUAUGUAGGACCUCUGAGCUCGAAGCGAGCCUGAUGAGAGGCAGAAGUUGGGGAAGCCUCAGUUUCUGUGUACAGAUUUUUUUUUUUUUUUUUUUUUUUGGUUAGGUUCAGUUGGGGAAAAAUGAGUUGGCUUAAGAGAGUAUGACCGUGAUGACCAUUCACAGCAUAGGAAUCCAUCUUAAUCUGGGCCCCACAAACAAGGUGGGCGUCAACUUGUGAAGAAAUGUAUCAAUAAUGCUGAUAAUACAAAAUUCAGAAAUUGAGAUCCUAAGUUCUUGUGAGGUUCUUUUGUCCUUUUUUUUUUUCUUUCGACUUUUUGUACAAAGUUAUCCGUUUGCAAGUUCAGCAAACGUUGCUCAUUAAUGCCUAAAUAUUCCAAAAGUAAUUUUAGUCAUUUCUAUCCUAAAUUAUCAAGAACAGUAAACUUGUGGAUUUAUCAGUGAUUUGCAAAAGGAGAAUGUUUUCACAGAAAUCAAAUAUUAUUUUUGUACAAUAUCACUUGGACUACUGUAAGAAUAUCAUUUGCUUGUACUCAGUUUUUAAGUCGGAAAGAAGAUGCAACUUGAGUCCUAUAACAUAGAAAAUGUAAUUUUAAACUAUCAAUAAAGCUGGAGGAGGAUUGAGAAA